CAGACACCUCAGCCUGAAUGACUGCUUGCCUGCACGGAGGGUCCUGCUCACCUGCCUGCAUCAGAACCAUGUGUGAUCAGCAGCAGAUUCAGUAUUGCCUGCCACUUCCCCGCAACUGCUGCGUGAAGAGUUCCUCCUUCUGUCCCUCCCAAGCCCCCUGUGCCAAGAGCCAGCUGUUGGUCCAAGUCCCUUGUGAGGUGCAAAUUGUGGAUUGCCCCACACCAUGCCCAGCUCAAGUUUCCCAGGUGAAGUGCCAGGCUGCAUGCCAGCCUGAGACCACCCAGGCUCCGUGCCAGGCUCCGUGCCAGUCUAAGACCAAACAGGUGAAGUGCCAGGCACCAUGCCAGCCUGAGACUGCCCUGGUGAAGUGCCAGGCACCAUGCCAGUCUAAGACCACCCAGGUGAAGGGCCAGGCUCCAUGCCAGUCUGAGGUUUCCUAUGUGCAGUGUGAAGACCCAUGCCCUAUUCAGACCUGCUGUGUAGAAUGUCCUCCAGUUUGUUGUACAGAAACUUGUUAUCUGGAAGGCCCAGUCCAGUCCUAUAUACCCUGUCUAGUUCCUCAGCCUGUCCAGACUUACGUAGCGAGUCCCCCGGUGUACCAGACUGAGGAAAGAUUCUCCACCCAAGGCCAAUAUCAGGGCUCCUACAGCAGCUGUGCCCCCCAGCGUCAGUCCCGGCCUUCAUUUAGCACUUAUGAACCCCAAUACCCGACCCGGGGCUCUUAUGGGAGCUUCACCACGCAGCCUCGCUCUCAGAGCACCAGCAGAUGCCUCCCUCCUCGCCAGCAGCAGCCUUCUUACCGCAGCUGUUCCCCACCACGAUGUUCUGAGCCCUACUACACCAGCUGCCUGCCAUCAAGACACUCUUCAGGUUCCUAUAACUACUGCACCCCACCCCGCCGCUCUGAGCCCAUCCAUCACAGUGACUGUCCUCGGGGUCCCUCUUCAGGCGGCUCUCAGAGAUGUGGACCCAAGUGCCGAAUAGAGAUUUCCUCCCCCUGCUGCCCCAAGCAGGUUCCUCCCCAGAAGUGUUCUGUUCAGAUUCCUCCCAUCAGACGCUGCUCUGAGAAUUGUACGCCACAACCCUCCUGGGGUACAUCCUGCCCAGAGCUGAGGCCACGUGUAGAGCCACGUCCACUCCCAAGCUUCCGUCCACCCCGGCGUCUGGACCAACGUCCAGAGCCAUCAGUGCCACAAAGUACACUUCCUGCCCCACGUCCUUGUCCACGUCCAGAACCAUGCACAAGUCCAGAACCACGCCCGUGUCCUCCACCAUGGCGAUUUUCGGAACCCUGUCUGUGUCCGGAACCACGUCCAGCCCCAUGUCCUCGCCCAGUGCAGCGUGAGCUUCCAGAGCUACAUCCACGUCCGCAGCCCUAUGAGCGCCCAGAACCUUGUCUACUUCCAGAGCCGAUUCCCCUUCCAGUACGCUGCCCAAGCCCAGAGCCACGUGUGGAGCCUCUGAGCCGACCCAUCCCAUACUCGGGCCUAAAUCCAAUUCCGUGCCCAGGCUUCUGUGAGUCCAGUCCACACCACCUGGACACUGAGGCCCCCAGGUGUGGCCCAGCUGAUUAUGACCAGUAGUGAGAGAGUGGUGCUAGCUGUGGACAUUGUGAUGUGUUUCCAGAGCUGUGGGGUCCGGGUGGUUGUGGAGACCAAGGAGGCACUUAUGCUGGAGUAAAAGGUGGGGCCCAUGCUGGAGCAAAGGGUACCUAUUUUAAAGGAAAUGUGGCUGAGACAUCUCUGUCUCCAACCCUGAAAAUAUUGCUCCUCCUUUCCCAGCAGCUGCAAUUUCCAAUAUGUUCUUGUUUGCAUCUGUCCAAUGACAUUCAGAGGCUCCCUGCUGCACAGGUGAUGUCCAAAUUCCUUUGCAUGUCAUCUCAGGAUCCACACCCAGGUCUCAGACUCCUCUCCAGUCUCACCUCUGACUCCUCCUCUGUACACAGUUCUAGCCAGACCACUCUGGCCACAGGGCACAUCUUGGGUGUUCCUCAAGACAUACCUUAGGUGUCCCUGCCUCCAAACCUCUGCUUAUUCUUUCUUCUCUGCCUGGACCACUUCUCUGCUACUUCCAGCAUCUGAAAUCCAACCCAUCUUUCAAGACCUCUUCCUUGUAGCCUCUUCUGCUUCCUCCUGCCCAUAGAAGCCUGCACUGACUUCCUAGAACUCAUUGCAUUGUCCACACAACCCAUUUGGCAACUGCCUUGCAACAUGUCCUGAAUUAUUUUUUCAUUUUUCAGGUGUGUCUGUCUUACCUGUCCAACUAGUUUGUAAACUCCCAUUUGAGUGGAGUCAGAAUAUCCCUAAAGUCUCAUGUUUCUCCUGUGGCAGACAGCUGCUCAGCAAGGAUUGUGGGUUAGCAGCUUGAGCCAUGAUCUCUCUCAAUGGGCAACCCCAGGAUGGGGGACAAAAGGAGGACAUGCAACAAUAAAGAUGAUGAUACCCUCAUA